UGCAAAAAUCGCUGUGCUCCUCCCGGCAGACACAACUGCAAAUGUUAUCGCCAGGCCUAUCUUGCCCAUGCGAAAGUCUUCCAGAUGAUGCGAUUGUAAUUCCGGCCGGUCGGCAUGUUAUCUAGCUGAAAGGCGAAGGUUGAUAGUGCAUGGCAUGGCUGCCGAAAAAGUACCAGACGAGACUCUGACCCCAGCCAAAGCAAGGUCUUCAAGCAACGCGCCUUCGGACACCGUCGAGCACAAAUCAUCCGCAGAGCAUACUAGAGAAAGGAAGAACCAGCUGGUCAACGUUCGGCUUCGAAAUGUAUCGGUCAAGGUUGAUCCAGCUGCUGGUUCCGCAUUCUCCUCGGUCGAUGCUUUCAAGGCAAGAGUCUUGCGCAGCAAAGUGAAGCCGCCGAUCAAAGACAUUUUGCAUGAUGUUUCAGCCGAUCUCCCAAGUCAAAGUCUUACCGCCAUCGUUGGGGCGAGUGGUAGCGGAAAAACCAGUCUGCUUAACGUCAUUGCCCGUCGAAUCAAAGACCAGAAAUUCCAGCAAUUCGGCAGCGUCACUUAUGAGAUCCCAGCCGGCAAUAGUACUCAAGAUAAUGCUUCGUCAAAGGUUGGCAUGGCAUAUGUGCUUCAAGCAGAUUGUCUUCUACCCAGCUUGACGGUCCGGGAAGCAUUGCGUUAUGCGGCUGAUCUGCGAUUGUCAACCACCAAAACAAAGGCAGAACGACAUGCUAUGGUUGAAACAGUCAUCAAUGAGCUCGGGCUGGCGAAAUGCGCCGAUACUAGAAUAGGCGACAACGUCCACAAAGGCUGUUCAGGUGGUGAGAAAAGAAGGACGAGUAUCGGCGUCCAGUUGCUUGCGGACCAAGCCGUUCUUCUUCUGGAUGAGCCGACAACAGGUCUUGAUGCCGCCUCAGCAAUUCAGGUUGUUCAGACUCUCAAGUCACUUACUCAUCGGGGUAAGACGGUAAUCAUGACCAUCCACCAACCACGGUCUGAGAUCUGGGGGCUCGUCGAUAACCUCAUCUUGUUGUCCCGAGGAGCGCCUGUCUACUCUGGGCCUACCACUGAGUGUCUCCAAUAUUUUGAGAAGAUUGGACACAAGAUGCCUCCCUUCUUCAAUCCUUUUGAUUUUGUCAUUGACCUUGCCGCCGUCGACCUCCGAUCGCAAGAAUCUGAACGAUCUUCACUACUACGUGUGCAGGAGCUGCAGGAAGCAUGGAGAACAAACUCAAAAGACUUCAUUGACGACGCAAGAUAUUGGUCUGCCGGCAAAACCUUCGAUGGAAAGCAAGUUGCACGUUCCGAAAAUGCCACCAACGAAAUCCUCCAGGAGACACUGGUGCACAUCCGCAGGACUUUCGUAGUCACCUGUCGUGAUCGUCUAGGUCUCCUGGCGAGCAUGGUUGAAUCGCUCAGCAUGGGUAUCAUGAGUGGUUGGAUCUUCUACCAGCUAGGCUCCGAUUUAGCAGGCAUUCGAUCCAGGGAAGGCGCCAUGUACUCGGCCUGCGCUUUACAAGGCUAUUUGAUCCUGCUCUUUGAGACUUAUCGGCUGACGAUCGAUAUCGAAGUAUAUGAUAGAGAGCGCACAGAAGGGGUCAUCAAGCCUAUCAGCUUCAUCUUGAGUAGGAGGUUCGCGCGCUUUCCGCUGGAAGAUCUCCCGGUCCCCUUCUUCUACUCGGUAAUCUACUAUUUUAUGGCAGGUUUCAGAGCUGAUGCCGGCCAAUUCUUCACCUUCUUUGCGAUACAGCUGCUGUUGCAUCUGAUUGCUGUCAACCUGGCCACGGUAUGUGUUGGGCUCAAUCGGCAAUUCAUGAUAGCGUCCUUAAUCGCGAACCUUACCUUCACACUUCAGUCGAUGGGAUGCGGAUUCUUCAUCAAUACGAGAUCGAUUGCUGUAUGGUUGCGCUGGAUCAAGUGGACAGCAUAUGUGUUCUACUCGUUUGGAGCGCUCUGCACCAACGAAUUCCAGGGCCAUUUCUACGAUUGUCCGAGCCCCGGUGGUCCUUCCGAUCCAGCUUGCAAGGAAUACACCGGAGCUUAUAUCCUCGCAUCGUUGAACUUACCAGCAGACUGGCUCUGGAGGCCUAUCGUCGUCCUGGUCGGCUUCAUGUUAUUCUUCUUCGUUCUGUCUGGCGUCAUCCUUCAGGUCCUUACCACCGAAGUUGAAAUGGCGAAACAACAUGAAAGCGAGACCUCAUAUACUGCGGAAAGCCUGCAAACCGCAUCGAGAUCCGGCGACGAGAACAGAACCAUCACCGUCACGCUUGACCACUUUGGCCUGGAAGUCGAGAUGCAGCGGCUCUUGAGGGGCAAAUUGAUCAGACGCAUCUUCCAUCCCAUCAGCACGACCUUCGAGCCUGGCGUGCUGAAUGUAAUACUGGGGCCCUCGGGAAGUGGCAAAUCCUCAUGUCUGAACGCCAUGGCGCGGCGUCUCUACAACUCGGCUAUGACCAAGUACUCUCCAUGCGGCCAAAUGUAUCUCAAUAAUGCAACCGCUACCGACGAUGUUAUAACAUCGAUCUGCUCAUACGUCCCACAAGACGAUUCUGGACUCCACUCCUCCUUGACUGUGCGAGAGACGCUCCAUUUUGCAGCCCGUCUCCGCCUCCCCUCGUUCAUGACCUACGAGCAAAAGACCCAGCGAGCGGAGAGAGUUCUCCUCCAACUGGGAUUGAAAGAUUGCGCGGACACCCUGAUCGGCAGCGACCUAGUCAAAGGAAUCAGUGGUGGCGAGAAGCGUCGUGUUUCCAUCGGCAUCCAAAUCCUGACCGAUCCACGGGUCCUUCUUCUCGACGAACCUACCUCUGGCCUUGACGCGUUCACGGCCUUUUCCAUCAUUGAAGUCCUCAAGGGUCUCGCCGACGAAGGAAGGACCAUCAUCUUUUCCAUUCACCAACCCCGUUCAGACAUGUUUAAACAGUUUGGAGGUGUCCUCCUGCUCGCAAAAGGCGGCGACGUCGUGUACGCGGGCAAGAUCGCCGACAUGCUUCCUUACUUCGCACAGUUGGGCCACUCGUGUCCCGAAUCCGCCAAUCCUGCCGACUUUGCGCUCGACCUUGUGUCCUCCGGAACACCUGAAUUUCUACAACAGAAGCCAUUCACAGCCAUGGACAAUCACAACCCUUCCUCACAAACCAAAGAAACAACCACGACCGCGGAUCCAUCCCCCAACCCUCCCACACCGCCGAAAGAAACCCACCUCGCCCUCCCGGCGACAUUGGGAGUCUACACGCGCCGCCAACUCCCUUUCCGCCACGCCUUCCCCAUCCUCCUUCAACGCGGCAUCAUCAAUCUCCGACGCCAACCGAACCUGCUCACCGGCCGGAUCACCCAACUCGUCGGCCUCGGCAUUGUCUUGGCCGCGUUCUUCUCUCCGCUCCGGCACGACUACUACUCGGUGCAGACGCGCGUGGGUUACAUCCAAGCCAUGUCAUCCAUGUUCUUCGUUGGCAUGCUCAACAGCAUCGCCAUGUACCCCUCGGAGCGGGACAUCUACUACCACGAAUCGCUCCGCGACAACACAUACCCCCUGUCCGCAUUCUACGUGUAUUAUCUGACGCUCGAAGUGCCCAUGGAGAUCGUCGCGAGCCUGCUGUUCUCCGUGCUGACCGUGUUCGCCGCCCGGCUGCCCUGCACGCCCGGCGAGUUCUUCUUGAUGGCCUACUCGGCCUUUUGCGUCGUGAGUUGCGGCGAGAGUUUCGGCAUCCUCUUCCUCACCAUGUUCAGCCAUACGGGUCUCGCGGUGAGCGUCAUGUCUGUCGUGCUGAGUAUAAGCAUCCAUCUCGCCGGCGUCCUGAGUAUCGACAUCGACGCGUUCUUGCAGGCCGUCAAUCACAUCUCACCGAUCAAGUGGCAGGUCGGGGCCCUGUUGAGUUACAGUCUGCGCGGGAUCAAGUUCACAUGUACCGACGCACAGAGGCUAGCCAAUGGUCAAUGCCCCAUCAGCUCGGGCGAGCAGGUCCUCGACUUGUACAGGUUGAAUGUGGACACCGCGGCCUAUGCGCUCGCACUGGGUGGGGUGACCAUUGGAUAUAGAGUGCUUGGGUAUUUGGGGUUGACGAUCAAGCGUGUGGAUUGGAAGGCACUCGUGACGAAGUGGAAUAGUAGGAAGUCGAAAGCAUGAAGGUGGUGUGGGUGGUAUAUCCUCCCAGGGAAAAUAUUUGGCAGAUGCGAAAGACAUAAACGACGGCGAACAUUCGAGUUCUUGUACGGAGCACACGCCAAAAGGAAGACCUCUUUCUACGUAUCCGACGUGCUGAC